AUGCGUUUCCAGCCCGCUGCUGCUUUCGCUAUCCUAGCGGUCACCACCGGUAUCGCAGCACCGCUUAGCUCCUCCAAAGCCUCCAUCGAUCAAGUCGACGUCGACAUCCAAGAGAGACGUAUCGAAGGGCAGUACCAGUUCAACUUUGCAAACACAUUCAGAGGUGCCAGGCACCCGGUCAGCGGCGUCAUCUUGUCGAUGGUCUACAGAGCGGGGAGCCUCUUUGUCACCAUGCACAACACCCUGACUCAGGACAUUUCUGCCUACAUCGAGGAAAUCACCCAGGGCGGAGACAUUAUGGCCGUAGCGGUGGAGGCCGGCAAGACGGUCGAGUGGACUCUGAAGCAGGGCACGGAUUUCCUCCUGGGGGACAGGGGCAAGUUCUCCUGGAAGACGAACUACUAA